UUCAAUCGUUCUCGGUCAUUUGAAUCGACAGUAUGCGGCAGUUUUUUUGGCUGAUCUUAGGACUGCUUUGUGCAGGACUUUCUACAUCCAGCGAGCCUCAGAGCUCCGUCGUUGUUAGACAGUUAGAGAGUAUUCCGUUCUCGUUUGCAAAGUUUUUGGGCCAGUUCCGAUCCAGCAAUCACACCAUUGGUGAUUAUUUGCCGGACAAAGUGUGUGUGUUCGAUUUGGAACAGUUUGGAAAUGCGUUACAAAGUGAUGCACUGUGGGCGCUAAAUGUGUACGAUUCUUGGGGUAAAAUUCCUGCUGGUUUGCUUCAAGGUAACUACUUCAUGCCAGGGAACUUCGAGCAGUGUCGAAAGCAAACCAGACCAAAUGCUGCUAGGUGGUUCAACAGUCAACAUUGUACGGUGCGUUUUGGUUUUCAUACGUUAGCAUUUCCGUUAUCUCCAGUUUGGUUGGGUAUUUGUUUGCCUGACUCGUGCGAGCCAGGAUUUAUCAAACUCAUGGCGGAUUAUUUUGCAUUAGAGAAUGGGUUGGAUCCUAUCAAUGACUACCUUCAAGCUGAUUUUUGUUAUCGAAAUGAGCCGAGCCAGAAUCUCGGAGGAGUCGCUAUUAGUGCCAUAGUGAUACUAAGUAUUAUCGCUGCCGGAGUUGUGGCAAGCACAGCGGCUGAAGUAUUCGGUUUAUUGUUCAAACGUCCAGUACCUCAAUAUCUGAAAGAUAUUUCUCUGUACAACAAUCUGGCCACUUUGUUCAAAACGGAACCCAAAGCCGAGCAGAAAACGGACACCCUGGAUUGUGUGAAUGGAAUACGAUCGAUAUUGAUGUUACAAAUUAUAGCCCAUCACGUACACGAUGCGCUCCGAAACCUACCUGUUAGUAACAAUCUUUCCAGAGAGGAAUAUUUUGAAACGGCUCCUGGAAUUUUAAGCUACCGUGUGUCUGCUUUAUCUGCCGAUAUUUUCCUAGUACUGAGUGCGAUGUUACUCACGUAUGGUGUCAUGAGGGAACUUACAAAUAAUGCUGGUAAGAUUGGUAUAGUAAGGAUAUGGAUUCAUCGAAUCGUCCGCGUUCUACCUGCAUAUGGAUUUUUAAUAUAUUUCGUUGUGGCUUUUGCGGAACACUUUGGCGAGGGACCUCUGUAUCGUCACGUGGUUCAACCGACAGUUGAUGCAUGCGCUGACAACUGGUGGUCUGCAAUAUUGUUUAUACAGAAUUACGUGAAUCCGGAUCGAUUGUGCCUCCCUCACACCUGGUACCUUUCGGUUGAUAUGCAGCUCUACAUUGUCUCACCGAUCUUCAUCUAUCUGCUGUGGCGAUACGGAAAGCAAAUUACACCCGGUCUAGCGAUGUUGGUGCUCAUUCCAGUCGUUUGUGUGUUCGCCACCUUCACGUAUAACGAUUUUUGGUUGAAUCCUCCCAUGGCCGAUGAUCGGGAGAUGCAUCGCCUGCGAUCUACGUACUACGCAACGCAUGCUCGGAUGUCAGUAUGGUUCUUCGGGAUUGGCUUUGGCUACUUUCUGUUCCAGACUCGCGAAAAGCAGGUAAAGUGGUCGGUGACCGUGCUUACAGUGGUAUCUAUCUUUGCAACGGCCCUCUCAGGAUUCAUUAUGUAUACAGCUCACGAAAUCUACAAACCACGUGCACUUGAUCCACUAGGUGAUGCCUUCUACGAGUCGUUGCACCGAGUCGCGUGGGUCGGUUGUCAUAUGUGGCUGAUCUUCAUGUGCGUCAAUGGAUACGGUAGUGUGCUGGAUAGUUUCCUGAGUUGGGCUGUUUGGCAACCGGUCGCUCGGUUAUCUUACUGCAUGUAUCUGAUUCACUAUGUUGUAAUAAUGGUCACAUUCGAAGCUGUCACACGUCAACCAUUUCAUUUUAGUGCCAUCAACGUGCAGUAUAUUAUGUUGGGAGUUGUAGGUCUAUCGGCGGCUGCGUCCCUCGUCUGGACUCUGUUCAUUGAGCGACCGUGUGUGGCAUUAGAGAAAAAAGUUUGCCUAUUGAUUAGAAGAUCACGCCAAUAAAAGAAGUGACA